AUGUCACUACAAGUGAUUGAUCAAAACGAUUUUCAGCACAUACUGAGAAUCUUAAAUACCAACGUUGAUGGGAAGGAAAAGGUUACCAUUGCCUUGACGGCCAUAAAGGGAAUUGGGAAAAGAAUGGCCACUGUGAUUUGCAAGCAGGCCAAUGUGGACUCGACCAAGAGAGCAGGAGAACUCACCACGGAGGAAAUAAAUAACAUUGUGCACAUUAUGAAUGCCCCAUCACAAUUCAAAAUCCCCGACUGGUUCUUAAACCGAAGGAAGGAUGUAAAGGAAGGAAAAAAUUUGCACGUCAUCGCUAACCAGCUGGACUCCUAUUUACGUGAAGACUUGGAAAGAAUGAAAAAAAUCAGAUUACACAGAGGUCUACGUCACCACUGGGGACUGAGAGUUCGUGGUCAACAUACCAAGACCACUGGACGAAGAGGAAGAACUGUUGGUGUUUCCAAAAAGAAGGGAGCGUAA